AUGGAAGAACUUACCGCUUUUGUUUCCAAGUCGUUUGAUCAGAAAGUGAAAGAGAAAAAGGAGCUCAUCACGUACAGGGAGGUGCUGGAGAGCGGACCUGUCAGGGCGGCCAAGGAGUCCGGGAGCUCCAGCGAGCCCGGGCGGGAGGAGAGCAACAGCCCGGCGGCCCGGGGGCCUGGAGGCGGCGGCGGCGGCGGAGGCGGCGGCGGAGGCGGCGGCGGCGGCGGCCGAUCGCCGGUCCGAGAGCUGGCCAUGGGCGCCGUGGACAGGACCAGGGACGCGGGCACCCCCAAACUCAGCGAAGUUUCCCCAGACCUGAAAGAGCGCAAAGAAGAUGCCAAAGUGAUGGAAGACGAAGGGCAGACGAAGAUCAAGCAGCGGAGGAGCCGCACCAACUUCACGCUGGAGCAGCUGAACGAGCUGGAGCGCCUCUUCGACGAGACCCACUACCCGGACGCGUUCAUGAGGGAAGAGCUCAGCCAGCGGCUGGGGCUGUCCGAGGCCCGGGUGCAGGUAUGGUUUCAGAACAGAAGAGCUAAAUGUAGAAAGCAAGAAAAUCAGCUGCAUAAAGGGGUCCUUAUAGGAGCAGCCAGCCAAUUCGAAGCAUGCAGAGUUGCUCCCUAUGUGAAUGUUGGUGCUUUGCGGAUGCCUUUCCAGCAGGAUAGUCAUUGCAACGUGACGCCCUUGUCCUUUCAGGUGCAGGCGCAGCUGCAGCUGGACAGCGCCGUGGCGCACGCGCACCACCACCUCCACCCGCACCUGGCCGCGCACGCGCCCUACAUGAUGUUCCCGGCGCCGCCCUUCGGCCUGCCCUUGGCCACGCUGGCCGCGGAGUCAGCCUCGGCCGCCUCGGUGGUGGCCGCGGCCGCGGCGGCCAAGACCACCAGCAAGAACUCCAGCAUCGCCGACCUCAGACUCAAAGCCAAAAAGCACGCGGCGGCCCUGGGCCUGUGA